CUCGGAGUGCAGGCAUCAUAUUUUCCCCAAUUUGACGGAUAUGCACGCGACGAUUGCCCGGACGAAAACCCCGAAGUUCCUAUACCACCCUUGUCUCCCCCACCACCACCACCUCUUCCCGAAGACACUCCGACCCCUGUAGCUUCCACCCCUGCUCCCCUCCAACCCCAAGCUUAUUUCACUCGCUCUGGACGAAAAGUUACCUUCCCCUCUCGGCUGGCCGACUAUGCACAGUCCUUAAAUCGAGCGUUUUCUUUCUCCUUUUAGGUACCCACAAACGCUCUAGGGGGGGGGGGGGGGAGUAA